AUGAGUACUCAACAGACCACUGUGACGAAGUUUAUACUUGCAAACGGCACAAAGCUUGCAUACCGGCAGCUUGGACUGAUGUAUGGCACCCCGCUGGUGAUGCUGAUGCACUUCCGAGGAAAUAUGGACUUCUGGGAUCCUGCUCUCAUAAACGCUCUGGCAAAAUCAAGGCCUAUCAUCUUGCUUGACAAUGCGGGCAUUGGAAAAAGCGAGGGAGAGAUCCCAACCACUCUACAUGGCUGGGCUACCCACGUCAUUGCUCUAUUGAACGCACUGGACAUACAGCAAAUCGACCUCCUAGGAUUCUCCAUGGGAGGUGGUGCGGCCCAGCAUGUUGCACUUGCAGCGCCAGAGAAAAUCCGUAGACUCAUCCUCGCUGGUACACGAACUAGCCGAACUCCCAACACAAUUCUUGGACCUCGUAAACUCUUCUACGAGCUCGCCCACUCUACUACGGAAGAAGAAUUUAAAGCAGCAUUCGAACGGUCCUUCUUCAAUCCCACUCAACAUGGAAGGGACGCCGCCGAAGCAUCAUGGAAUCGCAUCUUCACUCGAACAGACGAUCGUGCACCGCAUCUCAGCCCAGUACUUGCAAAGCGCCAGACCGAAGCCUUUUCAAAGUUCAGUGUGUCCAGUCCGGACAAUCCGUACGAGCGUAUUCAGGAGCUCAAGAUGCCGAUCUUUGUUGCCAAUGGCGACAAUGAUCUUCUGAUUCCGACGCCAAACAGCUUCGAGCUAGCCCAGCUACUCCCGCAUGCCCAUUUGCACAUCUACCCAAAUGCGGGUCAUGGCUUUCUGUACCAAUAUGCGGAACUCUUCGCGGCGCACGUGGAUAUGUUCCUUGAUGGAGACAAUGACAUUGAACGAGCGGGUAGCUUCAAGGCUAGGCUGGCUUGA